UCACUUCAUUUACGUCAACUAGUUGUCACAAAAUAUAGAAAACAGAAACCUGCAUUAAUUUAACAUUGUGAAAUACAUUCAUAUUGCUGUUUAUUACAAGUUUAUUGUUAUUUUAUAAAUUAUUAUUUCACUUUAGUGUUGCUAUAGGCUUCUUCAUAGAGAGCUUAUAUGCUGAAUCGAAAAACAAAAAGUGAAGAAAGUAUUAUGUUUGGCACGUAAAUGGUACAAAAUAUUAUCGUUUUAUAAUGUGUUCAUCUACAAUUAUAUCGUUUUUAAGACAGUGGAGACUUUGGAUUAGGCCUUUCUUGAUAGCACUGUAUGUUGUAUUCAUUAUUGUAUUAGUACCCAUCCUCAUCGCCCAUUCAAUAAACAAUGGAUUUAAGAAGUCCGAUCAAGGUUCAUUGGUGGCUGGAGGGUUUGUUCUUCUUGCCGUACCCAUUUCCAUAUGGCAAAUAACACAACAUGUUGUACAUUAUACAAAACCAAUACUUCAGAAACAUAUUAUAAGGAUAUUAUGGAUGGUUCCAAUAUACGCUUUAAAUGCUUGGAUAGGCCUGGAAUUCCCAGAACAAUCAAUUUAUGUUGAUUCUCUAAGAGAAUGUUAUGAAGCUUAUGUAAUCUAUAACUUUAUGAAGUAUUUGUUGAACUAUCUUAAUGAAGAUCAUGACUUGGAAGCACUUUUGGAGACUAAACCACAAGUUUAUCACAUUUUCCCCCUUUGUUGUUUGACACCGUGGGAAAUGGGAAGUGAAUUUGUUCAUAACUGUAAGCAUGGAAUUCUUCAAUAUACUGUAGUGAGGCCAAUCACAACUGUUAUAUCAAUGAUCUGUGAAUUAUGCGGAGUUUAUGGAGAGAGUGACUUCAGUCCAAAGGUUGCUUUCCCAUACAUGAUAGCCAUCAACAACUUGUCACAGUUUGUUGCCAUGUACUGCCUCGUGUUGUUCUACAGAGCCAACAAAACUGAAUUAAAACCUAUGAAGCCAAUUGGCAAAUUCUUAUGUAUCAAAGCUGUGGUGUUCUUCUCUUUCUUCCAAGGAGUAAUAAUAAACAUAUUGGUUUAUUGCGACGUGAUAUCUACAAUAUUUGAUAUCUCAGAUUCAAAUAAGAUAAAAAUCAUGUCUUCUAAGUUGCAGGACUUUCUGAUCUGCAUAGAAAUGUUCUUAGCAGCAAUAGCUCACCACUACAGUUUCUCUUACAAACCAUAUGUGUCUCCACAAAAUCCGUCGCCAUCAUGCCUCGGAUCUUUCCUCGCUAUGUGGGAUGUGUCUGAUGUCAAGAGAGAUAUAUCCGAGCACCUUGGUGUUGUUGGGAGCUCCUUCAGUCGAAGACUCCGAGGUAAAUCAAUGUACCAAAUGGCGCGCGGUUAUGACGAGAGCUCAAGAUUGGUGAGCGAACAAGCAAUACCGUCUAGUUCGGCUCCUAAUCUCACCGUGGAUACAGAACCACCCGACGUAGAAGUGCGUCCGUCCGUCUACGGAUCCCUUGAUAACACCGUAUCAGCUAUAUCGACGAACUCUGAAACACAACCUUUACUCGACUACGAUGAACAAAAUCAAAACGAUCCGAAAGUAUAAAAAUGUGAUAUAAACUUUUUUGCUUUUUAUGAAAUCGAAUAUUAGUGGCUUGGUGCUACUUAAUGUUAAUUCUAACAAUAAAUAUUGCAUCACAAUACAAGUAUCUAAACUAAGAUAUUUCUAAAUUGUA